AUGCUGUCCUCCGUCCUGGGAGCGGCCGCUCUCCUCGUCGGCUCCGCCGCUGCCCACGGCGCCGUCACCAGCUACGUCAUCGCCGGCACCAACUACCCGGGCUACCAGGGCUUCUCGCCCAGCAACUCCCCCAGCGUCAUCCAGCGCCAGUGGCCCGACUACAACCCCAUCAUGCAGGCCAGCUCGGCCAAGCUGCGCUGCAACGGCGGCACCUCGGCCAAGCUCAGCGCGCCCGUCCAGCCCGGCGACAAGGUCGCGGCCAUCUGGGGCCAGUGGACGCACUCGCAGGGCCCCAUCCUCGUGUGGAUGUACAAGUGCGCCGGCGACUUUGCCUCGUGCGACGGCUCGGGCGCCGGCUGGUUCAAGAUUGACGAGGCCGGCUUCCACGGCGACGGCGUCAAGGUGUUUCUGAACACGGAGACGCCCUCGGGCUGGGACAUUGCCAAGCUCGUCGGCGGCAACAAGAACUGGACGAGCACGAUCCCGGCCGGCCUCGCCGCCGGCAACUACCUGAUCCGCCACGAGCUCAUCGCCCUGCACCAGGCCAACACGCCGCAGUUCUACGCCGAGUGCGCCCAGAUCGUCGUCGGCGGCUCCGGCACCGCCGUGCCCGACGCGUCGUACAAGGCGGCCAUCCCCGGCUACUGCAAGCAGACGGACCCCAACAUCCAGGUGGCCAUUGACAACCACUCGAUCCCGCAGACGUACACCAUCCCCGGCCCGCCGGUGUUCAAGGGCACGGGUGCCAAGAAGGCGCGCGAGUUUGAGGCGUAG